AUGGAGACUCAAGGUUCACGUCUUCAAGAUGACCCUGACGUCAGUGUAAUGAUGGCAGGGUCCACUUUGAGGAAGGUCAAGUCCCGUACAUGGAAGAAGCAAAGGCAUUUCCGACUCCUGGAGGACGGUCUGAGGAUAUGGUACAAGUCCGGAUGGGUGGGAAAAGGCCACUCCACAUUCUCAGUGAGUGAGGUGGAGGCCGUCCGCGAGGGCCACCAUUCGGAGGUCUUGCAGAGCAUCACAGAUGAGUUCUCGGCAGACCUCUGUUUCACCUUGGUGUUUCACGGUCGCCAGGGCAACCUGGACCUUGUAGCCGAGUCCCCAGAGGAGGCUCGAGCCUGGAUCAGAGGAUUGCGCAAGCUCAUUCACAAGGCUCAAACCAUGGACGAGAAGCAGAGACUGGAUCAGUGGAUCCAAGAUUGGUUCCACAAGGCCGACAAAAACAAAGACGGAAAGAUGAACUUCAAAGAAGUGCGGAAGCUGUUGAAGAUGAUGAAUGUGGAAAUGAAUGAGGAACACGCAUUCUAUCUCUUCACGAUGGCUGACCAAUCACAGAGUGGUUCUCUGGAACUCCAGCAGUUUGUCCUCUUCUACAAGAUGCUGACCCAGAGGGAUGAAGUGUGGAGAGUGUUCCAGGACUACUCUGGAGAUGGAGAGACUUUAAUGCUGGAAGAGCUGGAGAACUUCCUGAAUGUCGAACAGCAGGAAGGAGAAAGCAGCGCCCGACAUGCCAAGGAACUAAUGGAGCGUUACGACCCAUCGGGAACAGCAAAGAAGCACGGUACCAUGUCAUUAGAUGGGUUCCAGAUGUACCUGUGCUCACCAGAGGGCUCCAUUUUCAAGCCAGACAAGCUUGGUCUCUACCAGGACAUGAGCCAGCCGCUUAGCCACUACUACAUCUCGUCCUCGCACAACACCUACUUGAUGGAGGAUCAGCUGCGAGGCCAGAGCAGCCUGGAGGCCUACAUCCAGGCCCUGAAGAGAGGCUGUCGCUGCGUGGAGGUGGACUGCUGGGAUGGCAGCGACGGGGAGCCAGUGGUGUACCAUGGCCACACUUUUACCUCCAAGAUCCUCUUCAAGGACAUUAUUGCAACACUGAAGGAAUACGCCUUCACGACGUCCGACUUCCCAGUCAUCUUAUCCCUCGAAAAUCACUGCAGUGUGGAACAGCAGACGGUUAUGGCUCGACAUUUGAGCAAGAUCUUGGGUGACACACUGCUCAGGAACAUUUUGGAUGGACAUACCACCACUGAGUGCCUCCCUUCACCAAAGGACCUGAAGCGAAAGGUGUUAUUGAAAGCAAAGAAAAUAAGCAGUGCAGAGGGCUCCCAGGACGGAACACUCACAGACGAUUUUAGCGAUGAGGAGGAUCUGGUCAAUGGUGAAGCUGGAGAUAAAGAGCUUCAUGCUGAGGCUUUGAACCGCCAAGAUAAGUCCAAACUCUCCCAGGAGCUAUCUGAUCUGGUGGUUUACUGCAGGAGCGUACACUUCCGUGGUUUUAAAGGCAACCCUUUACAGAGCAAAUGUAACGAGAUGUCCUCGUUUUCAGAGUCGAAGGCUAAAAGGCUCGCUAAGGAAGCAGGAGCAGACUUUGUACAGCAUAAUGUAAAACAGCUAAGCAGGAUUUACCCUAGUGGCCUCAGGACUGACUCCUCAAACUAUAACCCUACAGAAUUGUGGAAUGUGGGAUGCCAAAUUGUGGCUUUAAACUUCCAGACGGCAGGUCUGGAGAUGGACCUGAACGACGGGCUCUUUGGACAGAAUGGUCGCUGUGGUUACGUGCUGAAACCGAAUUUCAUGAGGGACAACCGCACAACAUUUAAUCCGGAGAAACCUGAAGAGCAGCCGGGCUACAAUCCUCUGCGUUUAUCAAUUCAGGUGAUAAGUGGGCAGCAGCUUCCAAAGGUGAACCAGAAAGAGGGUUCCAUUGUAGACCCCCUGGUCAGGGUUGAAGUAUAUGGAGUACAGCAGGACCAGGCUAAGGAGGAGACUAGUCACAUAAACAAUAAUGGAUUUAACCCUGUGUGGAAUCAGACUUUGAAUUUUGUCAUUCACACUCCCGAUCUGGCCAUGAUUCGCUUUGUGGUGGAAGAUUACGACAAGACAUCCAGAAAUGAUUUCAUUGGACAAUAUACGAUACCUUUUACGUGCAUCCAAUCAGGAUAUCGGCACAUUCAUCUACUUUCAAAAGAUGGGACCACCAUCCCUCCUGCAUCACUUUUUGUCAAUAUCAGUAUCUCUAAACUUACAUGA